GCAGGUUUGGCCAAUACAAAUAUGAAAUUAUCCGUUUUGUUUAUCGUGCUGCAGUUGCUGGUUGCUGCACAGGCGAUUGACCUUUCGCCGCAGCAGCAGGAGUCGCAUGUGGCAGCCAGCUUAAAGGAGCUGCAAGUGGAGGUGGCGCAACCGGGGGGCAGCGCGUGCAUCCGCGAUUGCCUCGCGGAGAAGGGCAGCCUGCUGGUGGAUCCGCUGGCUGAAUGUCAGCAGGUCGAGCAGCAGUUCGACUGCACACUGUACUGCAUGUUUGAGGCCGAGCCGCGCUAUUAA